UGUGACUUUACUUAAUUAAGAUGUUGAUUAAAAUUGCUUUGCUUUUUAUUUCUGUGGGUUCAGCUGCAGCAGCUUUGAAGAAUCCAAGAAAAUUGUAUCGUGAAAACGACGAUGAAAGUUUGCUUCCUUCACUAUACACAGAUCCAAUAGAUGGAAUUGAUUAUCGUCUGCCAAACAAUACAAUUCCACGCCAUUAUGACAUUUGGUUGUCUACUGAUAUUCAUGAAGGUGAAUUUGACUUUGAAGGCAUAGCAACCAUUCAAAUAGAAGCUUUAGAAGAUACUCAAGAAAUUACACUUCAAAUACGAGAACUCACGAUAUUAAAUGUGAAACUUAUGAGAUCAACUGGUGGAAGUAUUCAGUCGAAUGUUCCCUUCAGAAUACGAGACGAUGUCGAGUUUCUUAUCAUAACGCCAAGUCAACAGUUGAUUAAGGAAACAAUUUAUUUAGUGGAAAUUAAGUACAUUGGCACUUUAAGAGACGACGAUGCUGGUUUUUAUAGAUCAUCAUAUAUUGAUGAGACUGGAAAUGUUAAAUGGUUAGCGACAACACAGUUUGAAUCGACAGAUGCUCGUCAUGCAUUUCCAUGUUACGAUGAACCAGGUAUAAGAUCGUCUUUCUCCAUCUCUAUUAGACAUGAUGUAAGCUACACAGCAAUAUCAAAUGGCCCACAAGAAUCACGAGUGCCUGAUGGUGGAAAUUAUGUUGUAACGACAUUCAAAACAAUUCCAUCAGUUCAAAGUUAUCUCAUUGCCUUCAUUGUAUCCGACUUUGCCUACAUUGAAAACAAUGAUGGAUCAGUUCCCCAUCGGAUAUUCGCCAAAUCAGAAUCGAUCAAAGCUGGAGAUGCUGACUUGGCUCUAACUGCAUCAGUUUAUCUUCUUGAAAAGUUCGAAGAAUAUGUCAAUAUUAGUUAUUCUUUGGAUAAAAUGGAUCAAGCCGCAAUGCCAGAUUUUGCUGCUGGUGCUAUGGAGAACUGGGGACUCGUCACUUAUCGAGAACCUUAUCUUCUCUUCAAUGAAAUAACUGGAAGGGCACGAGACAGAGAAAAUGUGAUUGCGACAAUCUCUCAUGAAUUUGCACAUCAAUGGUUUGGAAAUCUUGUAAGCCCGGCGUGGUGGAGUUAUUUAUGGUUGAACGAAGGUUUUGCUACUCUUUAUGAAAAUCAUUUAACACAUUUGGCUUAUCCUAAUGAAAGAUGGAUUGACACGUUUUUAGUUGAGACUGUUCAACCAGUUUUAGAGGUGGAUGCUAAUCCUAACAUUCGACCGAUGACUUAUUAUGUUGAAAAUCCUAUCAGAAUUGAUUUUCUUUUUGAUAGCGUUGCAUACAGCAAAUCUGGAAGUGUAUUAAAAAUGUUUCAAUAUGCUUUUGGUGAAGAAACAUGGCGAAAAGGUCUUAAUUAUUACCUAAUUGCUCGAGCUUAUAACAAUGGAGCACCAGAACACUUGCAUGAGAAUUUGCAACGUGCAGUUAAUGAAGAUAAUUUAGGAAGUGACAUAAAUGUUGAUGUUAUUAUGUCAUCGUGGGAAACACAAUCAGGAUUUCCUUACAUAACAGUCGUAAGGAAUGACAAUGAAUUGACUUUUUCGCAGUCUCGAUUCAUGUACACAAAUCAAGAUUCAGAGAAUCUUUGGUGGGUGCCAAUAAAUUACGUCGUUGCUUCCAAUCCAGAUUUCUCAAACACCAAACCUGACUUUUGGUUGGAAGGAACACAACAAAAUGUUUCACUUCGAGGCUUUUCAAUCCCAAAACCUUUCACUAAUAACGAUUGGAUCAUCGUUAACAUUCAACAAACUGGAUAUUAUCGUGUGUUAUAUGAUAGAACUUUGUGGGACUUAAUUUUGCAAGAAUUGCAUCCUUAUGGAAAUGGAUAUGAAAAAAUUCAUUUAUUCAAUCGAGCUCAACUUAUUGACGACUCAUUUCAUUUUGCACGAGCUGAGUUACUUGAUUACGAUGUAUUUUUAGGUGUCAUGCGGUAUAUGGAGAAGGAAACAGAUUACAUACCGUGGGCAAGUGCGAAUCGUGCAAAUAAUUUGAUGAGUCGAUGGUUAUCAGGUUCAUCAGCAUAUCCCCGAUAUCAAUCAUUUAUGCGGAAUUUAGUAGAAAAAGUAUAUAAUAAAUAUGGCGUGAAUAUUAUUGACGGUGAGCAGAGAGUUGAUCGAUAUGUCCGUGCUAUUGCUAUAAAUCUUGCAUGUCAAGCUCAACUGCCAUCAUGUUUAACAGACACUGCAAAUUUACUUGAGAAUGUAUUGAGAGAAGAUUCUAUCAUGGCUCCUGAUUUAGUCGCACCGAUUUAUUGUAAUGGCAUGCGGUUGAGAACAAAUUUGAGUGCGAGGUUCAUAUUUAUGUUGUCGAGACUUUCAAAUUCAAAUUCACCAUCAGAGAGGAAUUCAAUCAUCACAGGAUUAGGUUGCACUGAAAACCCGGAGACUUUAACAAAUAUCUUACUCUGGGCCCUCGAUCCAAAUAAUGACAAUUUAUCGGUAACUGAAAGAUCUCGAUUACUGUUAUCACCUAUCAACAUGGGAGAAGAAUCGAUUCAAGUUCUCAUUUCCAUCUUGGCUUCUCAAAGGGAAGAAUUAAUACAAUUUAACUUAUUAACAACUCUUUGUUCAAACAUUGCUGCAAGAAUACAUUCCGAAAGAAGUAACACUCUAUUCAUGUCACAAUUAAUUGAUUUACAAUUUAUCGGAGCUUUGUCAAUGUCACAAGUUAAUAAUUACAUGAACAAUGCAUUGACAAUAUUAAAUUGGCAAGAAAAUAAAUUAAAGUCAAUUGAUGAAUUUUUUGAUCUUGUCGAGUUGCAAGCUACAACAACGACCGAAUUGGAGACAACUCCAACGACAACAGAACAAAUAACUCCAACGACAACAACAGAACAAACAACUACGACAGAUUCGGGCGCUAUGAAUAUGGUUUUAGGUGGAAUUGUUUUGAAAUUCGCUAUUUUAAUUAGUUUUCUGUUGUAAAAUGAAAUGAAGUUGAGACAGAAUUCACAGGAAUAAGCAGAUAUGUGUUAUUACUAUUUUCUGUUAAUAACUCAUUAAAUGUUUCAUGCCUUUCCUAUUAUUUCAUAUUUUAUUGUGCUUUGUCGGUGAUUAAAUGAAUAAAGAAAAUUAUCUAAAAAAAACUUUAAUUCUACUGAAUUUUAUCUCAAACGCAUGUAAUGAUUUUAAGAAGUU